CUGGAUCUCACGGCGGAGCGUAAACGCGCGAUAUUACGAUUUCCCGUUAGCCCCCGCGCUCACAGCCAUUCGAUGGAGGAUGAGGUAGCCAUGUUGUAGCGGUGAGAGGAGCGAGUUGGUGGAAAAGCACAAACCGGAGACAUUUGGCGGAGAAUCUGUUCUGUUAGCCACGCGGUUCGGAGGAGCCGUCCAUCCUGUUCCCUGUUCGGACCGCCGAGUUGUAGAAGACACCAUGAGCGGCGGGACGCCAUACCUCGGCAGCAAAAUCAGCCUCAUUUCGAAGGCCGAGAUUCGCUACGAAGGAAUCCUCUACACUAUUGACACCGAGAACUCGACUGUCGCACUUGCUAAAGUGCGGUCCUUUGGCACAGAGGACCGCCCCACCGACAGGCCCAUCCCGCCUCGAGAUGACACCUUCGAGUACAUCAUCUUCAGAGGCAGCGACAUCAAGGACCUGACUGUGUGUGAGCCGCCUAAACCUACGUGCUCCCUUCCUCAGGACCCUGCUAUUGUCCAGUCGUCCAUGAGCUCCAGCUCCUCGUCUUCUGCUGCCGCUGCCCCGACCCCGUUCCAGUCGGCCGGUUCCUAUGGCCUCUUCAACCGGGCUCCAGUUCCUGCCUACAACCAGUUCAGCGCCAGCCCCCUGGUUUCCCCUCAGUUUGGACCAGUUGGUGUUGGCCGCAGCAGCCCCAGCCUGGACCCUCUGCGGAAGAGCCCCACCCUGGAGCAGGUGAUCCAAACCGCCCCGUCGGCCCCGACCGCCACCGCUCCGGCCCCCGGCCUGGGACGCAGGAGCCCCCCCCACGGUCGCACGGCCCCCUCCGCCGCCGGUCAGAACAGCCAGAAGGUCCAGCACCAGGAUGGCGUGGACACAAGGAGGGGUGAGACUGUCAGGGGAGGCCGCAGCAGCCAGGGCUGGUCUGCACCCCGAACCAUCUCCGCCUCUAACAUCAGUGCUGUAGAUAGGGCUUCCACUGCAGGGCUUACCCACUCUGUCUUUAGCCACUCAGGCACAGACGUCCCGAAAGCCCCCAAACCAGAGUCUGAGCAGGCGCGAGGUGAAGGCAGGGAUGCCAGUAAACGUUCCACAGUGGUUGCUGGUGCACCGGCUAACCGGCGUGGGCGAGGGGGCGGACACCGCGGCAGAGGGCGCUUCAACGUUCGCCGAGACGGACCCAUGAAGUUUGAGAAAGACUUUGACUUUGAGAGCGCCAACGCCCAGUUCAACAAGGAGGAGAUCGACAGAGAGUUUCAGAGCAAGCUGAAGUUGAAAGACGAGAAGACGGAGAAAGCGGUGAACGGAGAGGAAAAGGGCGACUCAGGCGUGGAAACCCAGAACAGCGAGGGUAACGCUGACGAGGAGGGCGACCCGCUCGGCCCCAACUGCUACUACGACAAGUCCAAGUCUUUCUUCGACAACAUCUCCUGUGACGACACCAGGUACGAGUCCCGGCCUGAGAAAGCAAAUGACAAGUCUGGAGGCUCAGUUUUCCCAAGGGAGCGGAGGCAGACCUGGGCGGAGGAGAGGAGGAUGAACGCCGAGACGUUCGGCAUCCCUCUUCGUCAGGGCCGAGGACGCGGGGGUUACCGUGGACGUGGCGGCAUGGGCUUCCGUGGAGGUCGGGGUCGUUCGGCCAGCCGAGGGUCCUUCGGGCCGCCGCAGGGAGGCAGCGGCUUCAGGGGAGGAUACCGAGGAAACCAGGCUGGCCGCGAGUUUGCCGACUUAUCAGCAUACAGGAAGGACAACAAAGUGGCUGCGUAGUCUCAAUGGGAGGAAGAUUCUGCAGAAAGGUGGAACUUCUUCACCGGAAGACGAAUAGUUUGGGUUAUUUUGUCGACUAAAAUCAUGAAGAUUGUCUACUAGUUGUAUAUUUGUCACCAGCACUGGGGUAGACUGCCUGAACACAACGAUGGAAACAACGACGACGACGCAGUUUAUCAGAAAAACAUUUUUAAGAAAGUCCAGAUCUCUUCAAAAUAAUGUCCAGGUGGCUGAAAUAAUUAUGUAUAAAUGUCAUAUUUCAGAGGGGUGUGAGUAAAUUAAUUUGUUUUUCAAGGAUCUUCCCGGCCCCUUUCCUAAACCUGUAUUUGAUGAUAUUUUGUUAGCUGUCGAGGGUCGUCCACAGGAGAUGUUGGACUCGCUGACAGAGCUUUAUUCUUCAGCACCAAAACAGCCCACAGGGUCUCCGUCACACCUUUCUAACAUGUAUUUUUCUACUAUUACAUAGAUCUCAUCCUGUUACCUAGUCGGCCCGCUCACUGUCGCACCUCCCCGCCCGUCUGCAGUCACGGUGCUCGUGAUUCUCCGCUUUUCUGCCGCUUUCUUUUCUUUCGCAGUCGGCCUUUAAGUGUUAACAGUGUAGAAGGUGUUUCCUCACUAGGUGUCACAUUUUAACAUUAGCGUAGGGAGCUGGUGGUAGGCGUCAGCACGUGUACUCGACUGGUUUUGUGGUAGUUUUUGCUCCCAGUCCACGAGCUAGCUCGGCCUGGGACGCAGAUGGAUCAGAGGUCACGUUUCAGAUGCUUUCUCUUGAUCUUUUCCGCUUAUUUUUCUGUGAUUUAUUUCAUUCAUGAGUCGCUGGUCCCUAAAGGUGCUUUUUUUGCAGUUUGCUUCAGUUAGUUAGAGCUGCGGUGUAAUCCACGCAGACGAGGACUAAACUCUAUCUUAACUAGCUUAAAGCUUCCCAGCAGACGGGCCUGAUGACUGUGGAAGAUUUAAAACGCAAAGUAAAACAAAUCAAAUUAAGUAAAAUACGAAACACAUUUUUAUAUGCAUUUACUUUCAGUGUGUCCAUUUGCUGUCAUAAUGCAAUGAAAAGAACAGUCGUUCAGCAUUUUGUCUUUAAUAACUGAAUGAAUGGUUUUUGGUCGAGCUGCCAGCGCUGAAUACAGAGCUCUGUUUUCAUGAGGUGAGAGGAGCUUUUGAGCUCAAAAGACAACGUCGUAGUAAUAAUAAUAAUAAUAAUAAACGUAGUAAUAAAUCAUCUGAAAUAUAAUACACCUCUUCACUUUGCUUUCUGUGAUUUCAUUUUAAUGUGGCAUGAAAAACUUAAUGUCACAACUACAAACAAUUCAGUUAUUAAAGACAAAAAGCUAAAUUGUCUGUUUACCAUGUUUUUCACCGAUUUAUGACGAAACAUAAUGUUGUUGUAUUUCACUUUAUUUCUUGAUUUGUUUUGAUUUCGGCCAUUUUAAAUCUUCCGUAGCUGAAGCAGUUUGCACUUUUCUAAGAGGUUAUUCCAGAUAUUAUUACUCAUUCAUACAGCGUGUAUGUCUAGUUGUUUGUCGGGCUGCUUCAUGAGACACACUAAUUUAUACUGCUCUACAUUCAGCGUCUUCGGGCUGUAAACACAAGCCAUAGGCUCGCCGGGUCUCGUUUAAUCCACCUGUUACAGUCAAACUCCACCGUCACUUUUUAAAACGAUGCCGCUCGCUUUGUCCCGCGGCACUGCACGGCGGUCGACGGCCCGCUGAAGCUACAGGAAGUGAUGUCAACUCUAAAUAGGAAACAAAAGACUACAAAAACAAGCUAGCUGUGCUCGUGUAGCAACAUAGUUUUCUAGCAAUAUUCAAACUUGUUUUUGAGGUCAUGAAGGAUCGGGUCUGAGUCAUGAUCUUGACACCUGGCCUGGCCUGGCGUGAUUUAAGUAUUUAAACUCUUUCGGUGGUUUUUUGAUCUGAUUUGGCAGAAAUGUAGAGAGUUGCACUUAAUGCGGAGCAGAUGAGAAGUAAUGCUGUUUUCUGUUAAUCUGUCCUGAGAUUGAACUGGUUACAAAUGCAGACGGAGUUCAGGAACGCCGUUCUUCACAGACCUGGGUCGAACGCCGUCGACAAAGACGGCUCAGUCGAUUUGGUUUGGGUUCACUUUCGUCGGGAGAAAGUUGGCGAAACUGACCUUCAGUUACUUUCCAGCUCAUUUUCUUCAGAGUGUCUUGGGCACUCGCAGUUUAAAACGCACCAAAGUUAAAUGAAGAUCGUUGCUGACCCAGGCCUGUGUCCGUAAAGUUGUUUUUGAACGACGUCUGCUUCGCGGCUUCGGCUCCAGAACGAGAGCGUCCCCAGAUGAUUGUGAAAAGAUGUCUGACAUGCAAAGCUACCUUUAAAGCACUUUAAAUGUGCUCAGGAAAUGUAGAGAAAAUAGUUUUUCUUGAUUCGCCUUAAUGCUAGAGAGUAACGGCUAACGUCACAUCCAACAUUAGAGAAAUGAAGCGAGAGAUUGGAGACUUUGUUUAGUGUUGCACACUGACUUUUAAAAACCUCGAUAAAUGCAAUUGAACGUCAGUAUGUUUCCUCACUGUUACAGCAGCUGUCGCUUUGCAUUAAGGCACUGAAACCCAUCUGUUUACUCCGUGUGGGAGCUUUGUUGGAUUCAACAAGAAAAGCUGCAGUUCAGACAGAUCCUGGAGUGUUUCGCCACAAUAAAUUCUUAUAUUAGCAGUCAAAUGAUGUGUUAUAAAACUCAAAGUAAAAUAAAAACAUUAAUAAAAAGAUCAUUCAUUUUGCAAAA